AGAGGUGACAGACAGGAAGCUGACUGUGGAGGAAGAGGAAGCCAAGAGGAUAGCAGAAAUGGGAAAGCCAGUAUUGGGUGAACACCCCAAACUAGAGGUCAUCAUUGAAGAGUCCUAUGAGUUCAAGAGUACGGUGGACAAACUGAUCAAGAAGACAAACCUGGCCUUGGUUGUGGGGACCCAUUCAUGGAGGGACCAGUUCAUGGAGGCCAUCACUGUCAGUGCAGCAGGGGACGAGGAUGAGGAUGAGUCAGGCGAGGAGAGGCUGCCUUCCUGCCUUGACUAUGUCAUGCACUUUCUGACGGUCUUCUGGAAGGUGCUGUUUGCCUGUGUGCCCCCCACAGAGUACUGCCGUGGCUGGGCCUGCUUCGUCGUCUCCAUUCUGAUCAUUGGCAUGCUCACGGCCGUCAUCGGGGACCUGGCCUCCCACUUCGGCUGCACCAUUGGCCUCAAGGACUCUGUCACAGCUGUUGUUUUUGUGGCAUUUGGCACCUCUGUGCCAG